GAGAAGUUAAAGCUUAUACAUUUAAGCUUCGGUGUAUAAACAGAAGUCUAAAAUCACAAUUCCUGUUUAACAUUCAACUCUGUUAGCUCACCUUCAUCUUUUUUUUUUUUAAUAGUUUGUUGGACUUUCUUUUCAUAGCCAUCAAUGUCUGAAGAAGUUAUGUAUGCAGACCUAAAAUUUCAGGACUCCAGUAAAGGGGAAAAUAUCCAUGAGUUUGACACAGUUGGGAUAAAAGCACCACCUGCUCCUUCCCAUGGAUGGCGUCAGAGAGCCUUGGCCCUGACUUUUCUAUGCCUUCUGCUGCUGAUUGGACUAGGAGUCUUAGGAAUCAUGUUUUACACAACUUUGAAGAUAGAAAUGGGAAAAUUGAAUAAACUACAAAAUUUCAAAGAAGAACUUCAGAGAAAUGUUUCUCUACAACUGAUACAUAACAUGAAUAGUUCCAAGAUGAUCAGGGACCUGUCAAUCACACUGCAAGAAAUAGCCACCAAAUUAUGUCAUGAGCUCUAUAAAAGAGAACCAGAGCACAAAUGUAAACCUUGUCCAAAGACAUGGAUGUGGCAUGAGGACAACUGUUACAUACUAAUUGACAAUUAUGAAACAUGGCAAGAGAGUGUCAUGUUCUGUUCUGCUCAAAAUGCCAGUCUGCUGACGAUUAAGAACAAAAGCGUAUUGGAAUUUAUAAAAUCCAAGAGGUUACGUAACUACUGGCUGGGAUUAACUACCGGAAAAUAUCCAACAAAUUACCAGAGACUGGAUGAAACAAUUUUCUCCUCCAACUGGCUUCUAAGAAACAGAAAUGAUGUAAAUGAUAGGACGUAUUGUGGCUAUGUAGACUCAAUGUAUGUUUACUAUACAGACUGUACUUCCAAAAUGAGUUUUAUGUGCGAGAAGCUGGCUAAUCCAGUGAAGAUUGAAAGCACACUAAUGAGUGAAAUACCAGAUGGAAAAUACAGUUAGUGCAAGUAUUUCUCUAUUACCCUGCUAUUAAGAAAACUUUAGGGACAUACAUCUUGUGGACCACACAAAGGGAAUAAAGAUGCUAUGAGACUAAAUCUCUGUCUGUCUCCUAACAAUGUACAUUUUUAAAUUUUCUUCUUUCUUUCUUCUCAUUUGCUGAGUGAAAGGAACCCAAAGGCAUACCUUAUCAUCCAGAUACAGUCCAGAUACUGUUGAACAUAAAUGCAGUGCGUUGGGUGAACAAACAGAAAACUGAAGCUAACUUUUCCGGCUUUUCCAGGAAUAAACAAAGAAAAUACUAACCUUAUAGAACACCAGGGAAAAUGAAAUCUAGGAAUAUGUAGAAAGGAUAAUACAUCACAACCAAUUGGGAUUUAUUCUAGUAAUACAAAUUGUUCUGCAUUUUAGAAAAAAAGUAAGACAGAGAAAAAUCUAUUAUUAUUUUAAUAGAUGUAGAAAAGCCUUUGAUAAAAUUUAACUGCUAAUCUCUAAGAAAACUAGAAGCAGAAUUUUUCCCUAAUCUGAUAAACAUUGAUUGAUAUUAAAUAAGAGAAAGAAAACAAAGAAAAACUAACAACAACAACAAACUCUAAACCUAACAUCAUGCUUUUGGUAAAAAAAUGAAUAUUUAUUCUUUUGAGCUCGGAACAAGAUCAGAAUGGUCUUUAUCAAUUAUUUUAUUCAGUAACCUCUACUGUCUAUUAGAGAGGUCCUAGAAGUAAAAUAAGGCAAGAUAAAUAAAUUUAAAAAUAUAAAAAAUGAGAAAGGAAGAAAUAAGACAUUUUUAUUUGUAGCUGAUGUAAUUGUGUGUGUAUAUAUAUUCUCUAUAUAAAUAAUAUAAAUUAUUAGAAUAAAUAUUUUAUCAAGGUUAUUGAAUAAAGUCUCAAAAUAUCUUAAUGUUAAACAUCAAUUAUAUUUCUGAAGGUUAGCAGUAAACAAAAAUUUAAAAAAGCAAUACCAUUUAUAAGAACAUCCAAAAAUAAAAUAGUAAUAAAUGUAAUAAAAUUCGAAAAACUUUCUGCCCAAUCUUGCUUCCUUCUGCUCCCUUGUGCAGGUGGUAACACCACGAAUGCUCCCUAAUAAGCCCCCAGCACAUAAUCUUGAUUUCAGAAUCUGCUUCCUGGGAAACCAAGGCUGCAAGUGUUGCUGACAAAAUAGAAAACCUUAAUAAGUGGAGAGCUAACCAUAUACUUGAAUUAGAAUACUCUAUAUUCUUGGGAUAUAAAGUCUCCCAAAUCUACCUACAGAGUGAAUACAAUCCCUGAAUACAUCAGAUAGAUUUUUUUUUUGAAAAAUGACAUGCUAAUUCUAAAAUUAACAUAGAAAUGCAUAGGAUUUAGAAUAGCCAAGACAACACUGGAAAGAAGAAUGUUUGGGGAAAUUACAGUACUGAAUAUCAAGAUUUACUUUAAAGCUGUAAUCAUAAAAACACUUUGAUUUCGUACCAGAAUAGUUAUACAUCCAUAGGACCAGAUGUAGUCCAAAAAAAAAAAA